GUAACUCCUCCCCUGGAUGCUCUGCUGGUAUUGUUCUGACUGGGUGUCACACAGAAACCACAGGUGCACCAGCAGGUUUGACGACAACAGCCUGGUGUUUGUGUGCCAGUCUGCUCACAGCUCUCUUGACGCUGAAAUGGAAAAUUUGAGCAAAUCAACCAAGAUCGCUUACAAGCGGUGGAAAAAUCCUGAUCUGGGAGAUGAAGCGCAAAGUGCAGAUCACGGCUACGGGGCUCAGGACACAUUCAAUGAAAUCUCCACAAUAACCGCAACCACAGUUGACUCAGGGCGGAGACAGUCUGCAUCCGGAUAUGGAACUAAUAAAAGUGAAGAAACCUUUACAGUAGACGAUGCACUGGAGGCCAUCGGCUUCGGAAUAUUCCAGUGGAAAAUUUCUCUGGUCACUGGACUGGCAUGGAUAGCAGACGCCAUGGAGAUGAUGAUCCUCAGUGUCUUAGGACCCCAGCUGAACUGUGAGUGGAGGCUGCCUGGCUAUCAGGUGGCUCUCAUAACAUCGGUGGUGUUUGUCGGGAUGGGGUGCAGUUCACCCAUAUGGGGGAAAAUAUCUGACAAAUAUGGCAGAAAAACAGGUCUAACAGUUUGUAUGUGCUGGACUCUGUACUACGGCCUGUUGAGCGCAUUUGCUCCAAUGUAUGGCUGGAUCUUGGUCCUGCGGGGCCUUGUGGGAUUUGGCAUCGGAGGAGCUCCUCAGUCAGUGACGCUGUACUCAGAAUUCCUCCCAGUGAAGAUGAGAGGCAUCUGCAUCAUGUUGAUUGGGGCAUUCUGGGCAAUAGGUGCUGUGUUCGAGGUCCUCCUGGCCCUGUGGAUAAUGCCCACUCUUGGCUGGAGGUGGCUGCUUGGCCUGUCCACUAUACCAAUGGCAAUUUUUGUUUGCUUCUGCUUUUGGCUGCCUGAAAGUCCUCGUUUUGAUGUGCUGAUGGGGAAAAGAAGAAGGGCCAUGGACACUUUAACACGGAUUGCCAAAGACAAUGGCAAGGCCAUGCCUCGAGGGAGGAUAGCCGCUAAUCAGCAGAAUGACCGUGGACAGAUCAAAGAUCUUUUUACGCCUAGGUAUUGGAAGACUACUCUCCUUUUGUGGUUUAUAUGGUUUUCAAACGCCUUCUCCUAUUAUGGGAUAGUCCUUUUGACAACUGAGAUGUUCCAAUCUGGAGAUUCAUGUGGGACGACCCAACAAGCCAAGAUUGAACCGAGCUGUAGUCUGGAAUGCAAAUAUCUGACAUCAGAUGACUACAGAGACCUUUUAUGGACAACGCUAGCUGAAUUCCCAGGUCUUUUAGUUAUUCUGGUUGUCGAGUAUAUUGGCAGGAAGCAGAGCAUGGCCCUGUGUUUCUUCAUGUUUUCCUUGUCCCUUCUACCCUUAUAUGCUUGUAUUGGGAGGACAGCUCUUACAGUCUUCAUCUUCAUUGCCAGAGCAUUUAUUUCUGGAGGAUACCAAGUUGUUUUUGUUUACACACCAGAGGUGUUUCCUACAGAAAACAGGGCCUUAGCAAUGGGGACCUCCAGUGCAGUAGCCAGGCUGGGGGCCCUAAUCACCCCCUUUGUGGCACAGGUGCUCCUCAGGACAUCGGUGUAUUUGACCCUGUCAGUGUACUGUGGCUGUUGUCUGCUGGCUGGUGUUGCAUCCUUGAUCCUGCCCAUUGAGACUUUAGGCAGGAGUCUGCAGGAGACCAGUCUUGAUCAAGAAUCUGAAAGGAGUACGACCACAACAACCAGCCAAUCAAAUGGUACACCGCAGUCUUCGAACCAGCCGCAGAUCAACCAGGAGGGAUUUUAAAAAGAGAGAGAGAGAGAGAAAGAAAGGCUAUUUUGUCACCUGUCAGGCUGCUGCAGAUGCAACAGUUGUCUGCUGAACUGUGAACUGAGGCAUCUGACUAGUGGGUAAAGAGCAGCAGGGGGACAAUGUUAUUACAUGCAGGGAGCGAUAACUGAGGGUAGGCCUAUAUGCACACUUGGACUGGUUUGUUUACCCUCUUUUCUAUUUAGGCCAUGAGAACAGAGCAACAGAGGGACACUCUGGAAAGCAGUGUUGCACUGUGCAGGUUCUGCAUAGAGCAACACAUUUUAAGCCUUGUCCCCAAGAGACUGAGAAUUUUAUUUUUAUACAUUUUGUAUAAAAAUUACUUCUUGUAACCUAUUUAUUUAUAAAAGAAGCCAAAUGCUGCUUGUCAAAUAAAGUCAUUCAAUCUGC